AUGUCGUUACGCUUCUUCGACGUUAAAUGGAAGGCUGUCGACGAGUUUUUGAAGAAUAUUGGUCUUAUGACUGCGGAAAGUUCUCAUAAAUGGGCAACAGUAUUUAUCACAGGAGAUUAUGAAGAGCUUUCAAAUGAUUUACGUGGUGUUAAACAGACUGACUCAUUCUACGACAAAUUUCCCGAGAUUGAGUCAGAUACUAAAGCUUUUGUUGUCCAAGCAUGUUCUCAAAAAUCGGCAGAGUUCAAAGCAGCAGACCUGGCCCAGUUCAUUGAUACUACAUAUUAUGAAUUGACGGGAAUUGAAAAGCAACCAAACGAUGAUUUGAUAAGAUCGGAAAGAAGUUGUCGUCUAGAUCUCCGCAGAUGGGGGGCUAAAUUCGAAGCGAACUCACAACGUCCGUAUUUUGAAGGACAUGAAAGAGAUGACGUUGUGAAACAUCGUAAUGAAUUUAUUAAUUAUUUUCUAACACAUAAGGAUUUUUAUUACACAAUUACUGAUGGUGAAACACCAAUAUGGAAUAUGCCGACUCAAAAUCCUCAUAGAAUACUUAUAUGGGAGUGCACCAAUCGAAGCCACUUUGAUAUAAUUGCUAUUAUGUUCUUUUUAUGUUUAUCUUUAAUAGUUCACGAUGAAUCAAUCUUUAGAAGUGGAAAAGUUAGUCCAAAACGGUGGUUUUUCAAAGAAAAUAUACCGUUUUUUUCGAAAGGUCGUGGUCGAAGCCACAUGCUAUCUAAUUUUCUUGUUGAACAUCCGAGUGGACCCUUUUUCCAACUUAGCGAAGAUGAAUGGAAACAAGCGGUUGCAAAAUAUAAAACAUUAACCGACGAUAGUGAUGUCAACUAUGUCAGUCGAACAGCAACAGCUAGUAUCAAUAUCGGAACAGACGCGGAUUUCGAUAAUGAUACAAUU